GUUUCCCGCUCCCUCACAUCCAUCCUCUAACAGUAUGACACUAGUCUCAGACGACCCUAGUUAUUGGCCACUCAUCAACUCUUGGCGUAUUGGCAGCUAUUUUAUGGGUUCGUGAAGAGCAGUCAGAUUUCAGCGCUCAUGUCUCGAUCUGACCUUCAUUGUGGUUUUCCAGUUGCCGCUGGUGUUGGAGUGGUAUAUGAUUGGGCCCUUACGUUCGGACAAGAGGUCGAACUGAUCUGGAGGCAACGUUGGUCCCUGAUGACCGUUCUCUAUCUGACUUUGCGCUAUCUUGGCGUUUUUUAUAUUGUCAUAAACAUACUGGGCAGUGUUCCGACUAUUUUGUUGACAGAUGCAGUGAGCCGGAUUCUGUAUCUCGUACAGAAUUGGACGAAUGUUAUAGCAUUUCCAAUGCUGUGUGUCAUCAUGAUCACUCGGUUACAUGCCAUGUAUCAACGAUCCAGAAGGAUCCUGAUAUUUCUCGUCGUCGUGUGCUUGGCUGUCAACAUUUUCGACGUAGUGGUCACGGUAAUGGCAACGAGGGAUGCUUCAGGGGAGGGACACAUUCUCUCUGGCACAUAUACGUGCACUAUUGGCUAUGCGGACAAUAUCUUCCUUCUGGGUUCCAUUACUUGGAUUCUCGGCGUUGUCUGGGAGGUCCUCGCGCUGUGUCUCGCAGUCUGGAUUGCUGUAAAACACUUUCGUGAACUGCGACAACAUUCGGCAGGAGGGAUUAUAGGAGACUGUUUCACGGUGUUGAUCAAAUCCCACGUGCUUUACUUUGCGAGGUGAGCUCAUAUUGUGAAUAUGGUUCCCUUUUCCAC